UGUUGUUGGUGGCAGUGCCGAUAAUGUUAUUAUUUUGAGUAAAUGGACUCGCUUUGUAAUUCUGAUGUCUGCGCCUUGUGUCGACCCUCUUACUCUCUCUGUCCUCCUUCCAACCACGAUCAAACUUUAACCCUUCGUUAAUAAAACUCACAUAAUACAAAAUACACGCGCAUACGUAAACACGCGUAAUGCACAUUCACAUACACGCACGAUAAACACGAACACUUCACAUACAAUACACACAUACACAAAUAAACACACGUAUAAUACGCUGACAAUACACGGUCAAACAAUGCAUGCACUCUGUAUGCUCUAUACACCGCUGACUCACUGACUGACAUACACUAAUCACAUGCAUAUACAAUGGCAUACACACACUUUGACAUAUACACACUGACACACACUUUGACACACAUACACACUAACACACAUUUUGACACACAUUGACACAUACACACACUUUGACACACUAACACACACACACUUUGACACACACUGACACACUUUCACACACACUGACACACGCACUGACACAUACUGACACACACUGACACACACACAUACACACUGACACUAACACACACACUGACACACACACUGACACACACACUGACAUACUGACACACACACUGAUACACAUUGACACACACUUUGACACACACACACACUAACACACACACACUGACACACACACACUAACACACACACUGACACACACACACUUUGACACACACAUACACAAUGACACUUACACACACUAACACACAUACUAACACACAACCUGACACACAUACACACACACACUGACACACGCUACAGAUGUAUCGGGACAGGCGCUCACACGCACCGCCUCCCCGAGCAGCCGUGGUCGCCAGGAAUCGCCUCCUCCACCACCACCACCACCAGCAGCAGCCUCUCCACCAUCCCCACCACCACCACAACGACCACCACCACCAGCCUCUCCACCACCACCAGCCUCACCACCACCACCAGCAGCCUCAGCACCACCACGACCACCACCCCUCGGCGUCAUGCCGAGCUCGCUUUUCGCAGACAUGGACCAGCGAGGCGGCGGCAGCAGCAGCAGCAGCGGCAGCAGCAGCGAUGAGCUGGGCGUGGGUGGAGGAGGAGGAGGUGGAGUCGUCCAUCGCCACCUCCACCCCGAGUCGUCGUUUGACGAGCGCCGGGCGUUGCAGAUCGCCCUGGACCAGCUGACUCUGCUGGGGCUGGACGGGGUCCCGGGACCAACUCCUGGGCCGGUGGUGGUUCCAUCAUCAUCAUCAGCAGCAGCUGUAGCAGCAGCUGGUGACAGCAGCAGCAGCAGCAACGGUGGCGGUGGUGGUGAAGAUGCAGAGAUGGAAGAUGAUGAGGAUGAUGAGGGCCAUCAUCAUCAUCAGUCGUCUGUGAGCCACGCCGCUCUGCUGCUGUUUGGAGGAGGUGGUGGAGGUGGAGGUGGUGGAGGAGGAGGUGGAGGUGGUGGAGGUCUGGGAGGGGUCCUGGACGCCAACUCUGUCUCCUCUCCCUCGUGCUGCAGCAGCAGCAAGCGCGGCCACAACUCCACCGAGUGCGUCUCCGUGCCCAGCUCGGAGCACGUCGCUGAGAUCGUGGGCAGGCAGGGUUGCAAGAUUAAGGCGCUUCGGGCGAAGACCAACACGUACAUCAAGACCCCCGUGCGAGGCGAGGAGCCGGUGUUCGUGAUCACGGGGCGUCAGGAGGACGUGGCCAUGGCCAAACGAGAAAUUCUCUCGGCCGCCGAACAUUUCUCGGUCAUCCGUGCCUCGCGCAACAAGCCCGGGGCUCUGGGAUUGCCCAGCGGGGGGCCCGUGCCGGGCCCCCCGCCCCCCGUGCCAGGCCAGACCACCAUCCAGGUGCGCGUGCCUUACCGCGUCGUGGGCCUGGUGGUGGGGCCCAAGGGCGCCACGAUCAAGCGCAUCCAGCAGGGUACGCACACGUACAUCGUGACGCCGAGCCGAGACAAGGAGCCCGUGUUCGAGGUGACGGGCAUGCCCGAGAACGUGGACCGCGCGCGCGAGGAGAUCGAGGCGCACAUCGCCCUACGCACGGGCGGUCUCAUCGAGUUCAACGACGAAAACGACUUCCACGUGAACGGCACCGACGUCGGCUUCGACAACGGCGGCAACGGCGGCGGCUACCAACCCGGCAGCCUGUGGAUCCGCCCGCCGCGCAAGCCGUUCUCCACCAACCGCAACGACAGCUCCAGCUCGCUGGGCAGCGGCGGCGGCUCCACCAGCGACUCGCACCUCGGCGGAGGGAGCGGAGGGAGCGGCGGCAGUGGCGGCAGCGGCGGCAGCGGCGGCGGCGGAAGCAGCAGCAGCAACGGUGGCCGCUACAGUGCCGACUUCAGCCCGACGAGCCCGUUCGGCAGCAGCGGGGCCUUUGGAUUCGGAGACUCGCUCACAUCGCUCAGUUCCGAAGAGCUGCUCAUCGAGUCGUCGUCUGGCACGUUGGAGGCAGGCCCCACGGCCCUCCUCUGGGCCCACUUUGAGCGCACCAACCCGCUCGCGGUGCUGGGCAGCCUUCCCGGCCAUUUGCACGGGCAAGGCGGCGGCGGCGGGGCCGCAGGGCUCAGGGGCCGGCACUCGGUCGCGGCCAUCAUCACCAACGGAAGCCGCCUGUCUCCCACCUUCGGCACGGAUAACGGCCCGCUGCUGGACCACCCGCUGGCGCGGCGCGCGCGCAGCGACCCGCUCACGCAGGGCCUGCCUAAGUACGGGCUGAGCCCGCCCGAGCUGGCCGACAGCUGCGGCAGCGGCAACGAGAGCGACGGCAGCCUGGGCUCCGGCUUUGGCGGCACUGCCUCGGGCUCCCCGGGCGAGAUGGCCGACGUGGGCGAGGGCCGGGUGGCCCGCGACUGCGCGGUGUGCCGGGAGAGCGCGGUGACGGCCGCCCUCGUGCCCUGCGGCCACAAUCUGUUCUGCAUGGAGUGUGCGAGCGGUAUCUGUGAGAAGGGGGAGGAGCCCAGGUGCCCUGUGUGCCUCACCACCGUUACUCAGGCCAUCCGCAUAUUCUCGUAAUCGUAAGCCACUGAUGUAUAGCAGCACACAGCCACUGUGUCCCUUCAAGUACUCCUAUGUACAUCAAAGAUAAUGCUAUGAAAAUACAGGUCAGGUAUAACCAUACUGUAUACUCUUUAUAUUAUAUAUUCACACAGAUAAAUAUAUUUUUGUUUUUGACUUGAAGAAUGGCAGUAUAUUUCUUAUAAUAAAUGUUUACUAUUUAGUACAUUAAUUUAAUUUAUGAGUUUUAAAUUGGAUUUACUUUUUUUUAUUUAGGGUGGCCUUUUGGCUUCUAUGGCAUGACACUGUUAACUCAUUUUAUUAACAAGCUCUACUGAAUAUCGACACAAUUGCUGUUUAUGCAUCGCGGUUGACAGUAUUGUAUUAAAUAUUACAUAAGAACAUAAUAUACUCAUCUAUAGCAUUUCACUUAGCAUGUUUAUAAUGGUACACUGUAUGUGAUAAAUUCCUCUAUAUUAAUAGAACAAAGAAUAACCAAUGUGUAAGUAUGCUUUUCUAUGCUAUUUCUAUAACAUAAAGUAGUGAAUGAAAAUCCAUUGCACCAAUAUACUUUUCUUAUUUGCUAUUUUAGUAUGUUUACCACAAGUUUAUGUAUAUGUAGGUAAAGUUAAUGAGUCUAUACUUUAUUAAACAGAAGUGAAAAUAUAUUUUUAUUUUCUGAUACAGGCCUUUAACGGUAUGUGGCCAAAUACUAAUAUUAUAUUUGCAGAUAUGAGAAUUAAUGAGAAUUGUAUUGUUUUAUUUUUCUGCCGUAUUGAUGUUCCGCCUAAUAUCUGGUGGAAGUUCGUUGUUUAUUUCUAGAAUUUUAUUGCACUCAAAAAAAGUUGAAACAAAGUUUAAGCACAUGGCGUAAUGGUCCUUGUAUGAAUAGCCGUAUUGAACUGUGGAAGAUGUUUAUGCCGACAUGGAAAGUUAGUUUGAUGGAUAAUAAAUAAACUUGACCAUUAACAUAUAUGUUUAUUGCUAUUUCUGCUGUCUCAGACCAUCAGUAGAACAUGCCUAAUUUUAUUUUGAUCUCAAUGGCAAGGUAAAUGGAAUUGACAAAGGAAUACAUUACUGUAUGCCAAUUUUUUUGUGACAAUCUUGGAAUGACUUAAGCUAAAUGGAUAUUGAGACAAUUUCAUUUGUAUGUGUGUUAAGAAGCUAAUGGUCUACAUCUGGUGAUUAAAGAAGCUAAAUAAGACUAAUAUUUAAAAAGACAUGUAUGUAUUAGACCGUUAGUCAAGUUUAGGCAGUGACAUUCUGCUAGGAAUGGUAAAUUUUUUCUAAAUGUAUUUUAUAUGUGUGUGUAUGUAUGUAUUUUAAUGUAUUUUUUAAAUAAAAUAUCAUUUAAGUUAU